AUGGAGAUCGACUCUCACCUGGACCCUGAAUCCGACUCCGACUAUGAAUAUGAGUAUGACCCGACUGAGACCGAAACCUUCUAUCUCAACCUUGACCUAACAGCUCACCAUGGUCCAAUCCGUCCCCCACGCCAACGUCAACCCGACAAAUCCAAAGACCCAUCACAAGACGACGACGAUCCAAACCAACCCAUCGACGCCUUCACCCCACUCGACAGCGCCGAAGACUCCCUCACCCGCGAGCGAAUCCAAAUCUUAGCCCUCCACACGUGCAACCCAAUCAUCGCAUACCAAAACCAAAUCUUCAGCUGCUCCUGGGCCGACCAGAUAGGCACAGAGCUCCUCUUCGCCCACCCAGACACAGAUCCAGACAUGGAUCCCGCCCGCACCACGCCCCUCCGCACCGGUCCCGCAUUCGAGCUCCUCGCCGCCAACAGCGUCAAGAUCGUCGGCCGCAAAGCAAACCUCACCACCAGCAGUCAAAGCAAUGGCGGCCCGUCCACAGUGCCCGGUCGACCAGCGGGGCAAUCGCACCAGGCGCAGUUUAUUGCGAAGCUGCAGGCGUUGAAGGAGAGCAAGGGCGAGACAGAUGCCGUAAGGACGGUCUAUAAGGUCCGUCGGAAUGUCGACGUUGCAGAGCGUCUUGCUGCGUGGGCAAAGACGGAGGCCCAACUCGCCGACGUGCAGAAAUUGCGCGAGAAGGCUGCGAACGGCGAUAUGGAUGCUCUGGAGCAGUUGGAGAUGCUUUUCCGUGCUUACUAUGAGGAAGAUUCGGAGUAUCAGUACCCGUCCUGA